AUGCAUGAGAUUUUGUCUGGAUACGACAGCUCCGUCGCAACGCAGUACAUCUUGGAAGAGCACCCGCAUUUGAUUGAGCGUGUGCUCAAGUACUCCCGCCUAGAUGUACUGCCGCUGGAUGUCGCUGCUGGCGACUUCGGCGAUUUUACUGAGAAGUACACUUUCUUCAAGUGUGAUGUGCAAGCCCGCGAUGAUGCGGUGGUUAGGAAUGGCCAGCUGUCGUUUACAGCCUACAGCUAUGCAGCAUUGUACAUACCCCCCCUAAACUUCGGUUCUUUGCGUGAGAUGACGGUGUCCUUCUAUUUUUCCAUUGACAAUUUGGGCGAGGACAAGAACGUUGAGAAGCGUUUUGGCUUCCGGCUCGGAGAGAUUGAGGUUUAUUUCGUCCCUGAGACUGACCUCACAGAUAUUGGGCAGUUCCGGCGCUGCUACACACGGGUUGGUGGUGUUGGUGAGCCACAGUCUGAGUAUCUUGACGAGGCAGCUUUCUUGGAGGGCGAGAUGAUGCGAGUGGUCUUCCAGAUACACCAGGACCAUAUGUCCACCAUGCAUCUUUGCAAGACAUCCUCGGAGAAGGUCUUCGAGAAGACUCUGGAGCUGAACAGGCUUGGCUUCUGCAACGCAGCCAGCCGAGCCACGGACUUUCUGGGCAUUUUUGCUGAUGGUUCAGACUGUGAGAAGUGCGCCUGGCGGAGUCUCACCCUUAUCAUAAUCUUCUUGUCUACUUCACGCCAUGUCUGCCAGGGUCUUUACUGUCGAAAGCCUGUCGCUCUUGCAGUACGAAGAAGAUCCUCACAGCAGCCUGGCACGAUCCAGCUUAUGUGGCACCUGGUACCUGCGCAGCACCGUGCUGAGGCUAUCGUCUGCUGCCUGCCUCUAGCCCAGUUGGGCUCGUCCUUGGGCACAUACUGGCAUCAGCUGGUGAACCUUCCCUGCCUUAGGUGUGGCCGGAUCUGA